AUGAACGACAUUGAAGACAACAACAACAAACAAGUUGAGUUCACUCCACCUGUGUUACAAAAGGCAGUCUUCACCAAGGUAGAACAUCUGAAGCCAAUGACUACUGGACACAACUUGGUAUUGAAGGUGUUGAGUACAAAGGUGGUCAUUGAGAGGAAUAGGGAGAAGAAAGAAGUGGUCUCAGAGGCAGUGGUAGGUGAUGAGACUGGUACUGUCAUACUCACAGCAAAGAAUGAACAAAAUGAUGUUGUACAACCUGGAAACACUAUCAUUCUUCGCAAUGGCAAUAUCAAGGUAUUCAAUGGAUUCAUGAGACUCUACGUCAACAUGUGGGGAAACAUCAAACUGGCGCCAGAACCUGCAGAGUUCACGAUCAACACCGCCAACGACAUAUCAGCAGUGGAAUACGAGUUACAGAAAUAG